GAAGCUCAACACUGAAAACGUCCUCUCAGAUAAAGUCUUCAUUAUCAAUGUUUUAACUCUAAUUUCUUAGUAGAAUUUUAUUUUGAGAACAUUUGAACAUUUAUUUGAGAUGGCUCGGGGUUCGAAUGCUGGAUUUGAUCGUCACAUCACCAUCUUCUCACCUGAAGGAAGACUUUACCAAGUCGAGUACGCCUUUAAAGCCAUCACCCAGAGCGGCCUGACCUCGGUGGGCAUCAGGGGGACCGACUGCGCCGUGGUCGUCACGCAGAAGAAAAUUCCGGACAAGCUUCUGGACGCUUCUACUAUUACAAACAUGUUCCGCCUCACGCCGCGUAUCGGGUGUUUGAUGACUGGACACUACGCGGACGGUCGCUCUCAGGUGCACCGCGCCCGUCUGGAGGCGGCCGAGUGGAAGCACAAGUACGGCUACGACAUCACGGCGGACAUGUUGUGUCGCCGCAUGGCCGAUAUCUCACAGGUCUACACGCAGAACGCCGAGAUGAGACCGCUGGGCUGCUGUAUGAUGCUGAUAGCGGUGGACCCUAAGCUCGGCCCCGUCCUGUAUAAAUGUGACCCCGCCGGGUAUUUCUGUGGUUUCCACGCGGCGGCGGUCGGGGUGAAACAGACGGAGGCGAACGGCUACCUGGAGAAAAAAAUCAAGAAACGUCCAGAGCUCAGUUACCACCGCACCGUGGAGAUGGCGAUCUCCUGCCUCUCCACUGUCUUAUCAAUGGACUUCAAGGCCAGCGAGCUGGAGGUGGGCGUGGUUAGUAAAGACACGCCCAAAUUCAGAACUCUGAGUGAGGAGGAGAUCGAGACUCAUCUGGUAGCGAUAGCAGAGAGAGAGUGAACCUGACGCCCGUCCGGUCCUCCCCACAGACGUUCCUGCUUCAAAAGCAUAAUUCAUCUCUCAUGUAGUUUAGUUUCAGUACAAACUCACGUCAUGUUCGGGUUUUACAGAAUAAAAUUCAUCACGUUUGAAAUAAAUCGCUUCUAAUAAAUGUUGUAAUACGUCC